GACAUAUUGUGUUUAGGAUAGAUUCAUUUGUGAAUCUGCGAAGUUAGUAAAUUUUAAGUUAAGGAACUUAACACAGAGACAGUGACUGAGCUGCACUAUAAUCUUCCCACAGAGUCAUAUGAAAGAUGUCUGGACGUGUCUGCACUAGCAUCCUUCAAAGAGCGUCCUGUUACACAGUGACUCUUUCUUUCUCUUCCUCAUCCCAGUAUGUCCACCCUGUAGUGUAUCCCUCUUCCCAUCUUCAACACACCCAAUAUUGUCGUUUGUCAACAUGGAGUACCUCCAGAAGAGCCCGGUCAUGCUGCAAUCUUAAAAAGGCAGGAAACGGGUCCCAAAAAGGUCGCAAGCUCUCAACCCGUCAGGAUCUGGACUUCCAGCUCAGCCGGGUCCAGAUCAACGGCAUUCUCCGAUCCAAUGAGCAGACUGUGAGUGUGCCAGAGUUUGAUGGCAGGGGUCUCAAUGCUGUGAGAAAGUUUGAGAGCAACCAGCUAGCUGCAAACACACCUAAUGAGGACCGUCGUAGUGCAGCCACUUGCUUACAGUCAAAGGGCAUGCUUUUUGGAGUGUUUGACGGCCAUGGUGGUUGGGCAUGUGCCCAGGCUGUAAGUGAGCGUCUUCUGUACUACAUAGCAGUUGCAAUGAUGUCAAAGCAGAGCCUGGAGGAGCUUGAGAGGUGUAUGGAGCAUGGCAGAGCUGUUCCUCCCAUUUUACAGUGGUAUAAACACCACACAGACUUUAACUAUCGUGACUCUGCUUCAUUGUACAUUGAACACCUCAGAGUCUUCUGGCAGGAAAUACUGGACAGUGAAGAACAUGGUGAUGGCAUGAGUCCCUCAGAUGCUUUAGCUUGUGCUUUUAAAAGGCUGGAUGCUGAUAUCUCCUUGGAGGCACAGGUUCCUCUUUCCAGUGAUCUGAUGAAAAGCACAGCCAUCCAGGUUGCGUUUGCAGGAUCCACUGCCUGCGUGGCUCACAUUGGCACAGAUGGAAUCCACGUGGCAAAUGCAGGUGACUGCCGAGCAGUGCUGGGGGUGCGAGAAAAGGACGGCUCAUGGAGUGCUUUACCCCUUUCCAAAGAUCACAACUCACAGAACCAAGCUGAGGUGGAGCGGAUAAAAGCCCAGCACCCACCAUCAGAGAGAAAUACAGUGAUUACAGAUGACCGCCUGCUAGGGGUUCUGAUGCCCUUACGUGCAUUUGGUGACGUGAGAUUUAAGUGGAGCCUUGAGUUGCAGCAGAGUAUUUUAGCCAGUUUAGAGUCCGGUGGAGACCUAGACUCCUUAAACCUGUACCAGUACAUUCCUCCCAACUAUUUAACUCCACCCUACUUAAACGUGGCUCCUGAGAUCACUUAUCACAAGCUGAGACCUCAGGACCACUUCCUGAUCCUCGGCAGUGACGGGUUGUGGGAUGAACUGGGAAAUGAAGAGGCUGUACGACUUGUGGGAGAACAUCUGAGUGGGAUUCACAUACAGGCUCCAGUUUCUCCAUCUGAGAAGCAGAUGAAAUUGGGUCAGAUGCUUGAACUGUUGCUAAAACGUCGGGCUCGUGCCUCUCCAGCCCUCGACUCCAACGCUGCAACGCAUCUCAUCAGACACGCUCUUGGUACUGGGGAAUAUGGUGACCUAUGCCAAGAAAGACUGGCCUCUAUGCUCGCUCUGCCGGAGGACCUUGCACGAAUGUACAGGGAUGAUAUCACAGCUACAGUCGUGUAUCUGAACUCUGACCUGGCUAAACCUCAUCACAAUUAACAUAAGGGAAUUUGUUAGAGGAAGACACAUGCAAAUAGUUGCAUUUGCCUGAAAUGUAUAGAUAUUUUUGGACAAUAAGCAUGACAAGUAUUAUAACCUGUUACAUAUGUACAAUGAUUUUUAAACUUAUAAACUGAAAUAACUAUUUUUUUUAGUGUUCUGUUCUUUAUACAGGUAUUAUGAAAAAGUUCCACAGACUCAAGAUGUUACGUAAUGAUAAAUAUUUGCACAUAACCUUGUCAAACCUGUAACAGCAAGACUUCAAAACAGCUUUAAUGCACAUAUUCACUUUGUUUGCAUUUUUUGCUUGUUGUUCUUGCACAAUUUCAGUUUACGGUCAACCAUCUAUAUUUUAUGAAGUGUUCCUUAUCCCUACAUGUGAGACUGUGAGAUAUUCUUUAAAUGUGCUGUUUUUUUCUGUGAUCCUAAAGUAUUUUAGUAGACACUCCAGUCACUUGAAGAAGGAUGCAGACGUUUAAUUUUUAAGUAUUGUGAAGUUAUGUUGUGUUUUAAAGCAGUUCAGAAAUGUGAAAAAAUAUAAAGGGUUUGGUGCUUUGGCAUCUGAAACUGUGUGGGAAACAGUUUUCAAAAUAAACGGUGGUAAUGUG